CUCCUCCACAGAACCGGAACAGAACCGGGACAGAACCGGGACUGCAACAACAGCAGGAGCUCCAUACGGACGGAGCGAUGGGGCACAACAAGUCUGGGAGUGUGAACGUCAACCCGCCGUCCAGCAGCGGAGCUGUGGACGAGCUCAUUAUAACCUCGACUUUCGGGACGCUUCUAUCGGUGGUUUACAUCAUCGGUGUGUCGGGAAACGUGUACACUCUUGUAGUGAUGUGUCAUUCCAUACGCUUUGCAACCUCGAUGUACAUAUCCAUCAUUAACCUGGCUCUGGCGGACUUACUCUAUCUCUCUACCAUCCCGUUCGUGGUCAGCACCUACUUCCUGAAAGACUGGUACUUUGGAGACGUUGGCUGCCGUAUCUUACUGAGCCUGGACCUGCUUACCAUGCACGCGAGCAUCUUCACGCUCACGGUCAUGUGCACCGAGCGCUACCUGGCCGUCACCAAGCCCUUGGACACGGUGCGGCGCUCGAAAAGCUACCGGAAAGGGCUCGCGUGGGGCGUGUGGCUGCUGUCCCUGGUGCUAACCUUACCCAUGAUGGUGAUGGUCACUCAGAUCACUAAAGACUCUGAGGAUGGGGAGGUGAAAAGAAUGUGCGCGCCCACCUGGGCGCCGCAAGCGUACAAAAUCUACCUGACGGUCUUGUUUAGCACGAGCAUCAUGGCUCCAGGGCUGAUUAUCGGCUAUCUGUACAUGAAGUUGGCCCGCACCUAUCUCGAGUCUCAGCGCAACACGGUCAUCAAUCAAGGCAAUAGGCGAUCCCCAAAACAGAAAGUUCUGAUCAUGAUCUUCACCAUCGUGUUGGUGUUCUGGGCUUGUUUUCUCCCGUUCUGGAUUUGGCAGCUCGUCCCACUGUACCACAACAAACCCCUCAGCCUCGCCUCUCACACUCACACCUGUAUCAACUACCUGGUGGCCAGCCUCACCUACAGCAACAGCUGCAUCAACCCCUUCCUGUACACGCUCCUCACCAAGAACUACCGGGAAUACCUGCGAAACAGGCACAAGACGUUUUACCGCUACACAUCUUCCUUUAAGCAGCGCCCGCCUAGUUUGUACUCGUGGGGAAAGUCAGCGUCGUCCAGUAACCAGUUUGAGUUACAAUCGGAGACGCUGCCCAUGAGGACACUGAAGGGACAGUGAGCCAAGAUGAAGAGAGAGAGAAAGCGAGAGAGAGAGAGAGAGAGGGAGGGAGAGAAAUGAAGAAAGAGCGACUAUAGACACACA